AAACACACCCAGACAGAGCCAUGUCUGACAUCCACGCUCACGAAAGAAGGAAGGACUGAUACAAAGCCAGGGCGACCGAGCCGAAGGGACAGAGGGGAGGAAGAGGGGAGGGAGGGCUGAGGGAAUAAAUGAAAACAGACCGGCGGAGCAAAAACAGGGUGAAAAGGAUGCACGAGAGCUGCAUCACUUCAUGUCCGCAAGGAACAGAAAACAUUGUGUUCGUGAAUGGGAGCUGGUGUGUGCGAUGAGAAACCAGGCAGACUUCAGUUGCUGGUGUUGCUGAGCACCAAUCCUCUCUCCCUCUCUCUCUCUCUCCUUCUCUUUCUCUCUCUCUCAACCAGACACGACCUGAGCCGUGUGUGCGUCGCGGAGGCUCCUCGUGUUGCUGCUUACAGGGCUGCUCCCCUCCCUGCUGCCUCUGGUUGUGUUUGGGCGAUGGUCCUGACUGAGAGGCAGAGCAUCACCCAGAUGCUAGACUCUGACUGUAUGGGAGGUUAAGCCGGUAUCCAGCAGCAUGGGAGCCAAACAGAUGAAAUGCCUCAGCUCAGCCAGCCCUGCUCACUCCCCCAAAGAGGAGUAUGUUAUCACCCAGGCCACUGACACCCCCAAAGAGGAAACACUCCAUGAUCAGUCUGAGGACCAGGGGGAACCUCGGGAUGACAAAUCUGAGCUGACAGAGAAGAAAUCAGUCGCAGAGGAGAUGUCUCUGUGUGGAUUGUGUCCAUCCCUCGGGCAGGAUGGGCAGGAAGAGGAGAAGUCCUGGGAGGAGCAGCUGGACGCCCACCAAGAGCAGCUGGAGAAGGAGAUGCAGGAGGCAAGGAGGAUGGUGUUCCGCCUACAGGCUUUGCUGCUCCAUGGCUCCCUCCCUGAGGAGGACCAGGAUGGAUCUGUGAGCUUCGGAGAUAACCGGACAAACGCUGAGCAGCAGCUGGUUCUAAUCCGCAGUCGUCUGGACCAAAGCGUGGAGGAAGGCCUUGAUCUCAAGAGGGAGCUCCUGAGACACAAACAGGAGGCACGCCACCUUCAGGCCAUCAAGGAUGCUCUGCAGCAGCGUCUGGCAGUGCAGGAGGAUGCUGUGCUGCAGCUAAAGCAGGAACUACUGAGGAGCAACAUGGCCAAAGAUCAGCUGGAAGGGGAAAAUGAAGAGCUGAAACACAAGCUGAGUGAAAGGAACAAAUUCCUCAGUGAAUAUGAGCAGCAGCUUGGGAGAAAGGACAGAAUACUGCAGCAGCAGCAGCAGAAGCUCGACGAGGCUCAACAUAAAGCACAUGAAGUUGGCCGAGGGCGGUCAUUCAGGAAUGAAAGCGGUGGUUACAGUAACUCAGUGGCUACAUCUUCCCCUGCUGCAUUCAAGCACAGUGCACCAGGGGAAGAACUGCAGCUGGUCAGAGAGGCACUGCGAAGUUUGAGGGACAGCUUCUCCGGCCAUGACCCCCAACAUCACACCCUUGACACCCUGGAGCAGGGCGUGGGCAGUCUCAUGGACCGCUUACACUCUGUGGACACCCAGCGCAGACAGGACAGAGGGGAGGAAUUUAAAUCUCCAGGACGCAGAGCCAACUCCACAGACCGUGACUCCUGGCCUCCAAGCUCAAAAAUGGCACACUCGCACAGCAGCCCGGGGUUGGACACAGCUGUCUCUACUAAAGUGCUCUACUUCACUGAUCGCUCCCUCACACCGUUUCUGAUCAACAUCCCGAAAAGGCUGGGUGAGGUGACACUGCGAGACUUCAAGACUGCUGUGGACAGGCAAGGCAGUUUCAGAUACCACUUCAAGGCCCUCGACCCAGAGUUUGGCACAGUGAAAGAGGAGGUGUUCCAGGAUGGAGCCGUCGUGCCUGGCUGGGAGGGGAAGAUUGUAGCGUGGGUAGAGGAAGACCACGGAGAGAGGAGGUAGAGCUGAAAACCAGAGAUCACCACUACAGACCUCAGUAGUUCCCACUGGACCAGUAUUCCACUGAAAAAAAAUUCUUGCGAUGCCAUAACAGAGAAAAACUAUGAUACACCUAACUGGGACCAAUAGAUCUAACACCAGUUCAAUACAAAGUCAUGUUUUAAAAAUGAAUGUUUCAUACGAAAGCUAGACGUGACAUUUGGGUAACACUUUAAUUUAUGAAAGUAAUGGAUAUUAAACAUUGUUUACAGCUCGUACAUUUUAUGGGACUACCAUAUCGAUGGUCAGUAUUGUAAUACUUGAAACUGAUUUAUUAAAGAAACACAUUGCAAUUUACAGAAAUACCAUGUUAUACACUGCUCUCUAAAAAGCUGUAAUCAGUGCAUAAUAGACAAACCUUCAAAUAAAGUGUUUACAAACAUUUUUCACAUGUUCCAGAUUGCCAAAUAGUGAUGAUGUUGUUGUGCAUCAAUUUUGAUGUUUUAAUAAACAUGAAUUAUUGCA